CUCAGUCUAAGUGCGAAAUGUGUAAAGGUCAGAGGACAACACGGAGUCAGGUCUUUCCUUCUACCUUAUGGGUUCUAGAGACUGAAUUUGGGUCCUCAAUUUGGCAGCAAGUUCCUUUACACACUGAGCCUCCUUGUCCCCAUGGAGUAUUUUUAAAUAGUUUGCUAGUUUAUUGCAUCUAAAGUCAGUGAAUAUUCAACAAUACCUUGAACUGCGAAGAGCUGUAUUUCCAUCAGAGUUUUCUUUUGGUAGGACUUAAAAAUACUUUAUUAUUUUCUGUAAGCAUGCAAAAUAGUGGGUUCCUUUAUGAUGUCCUCAUGCCUGCACAGUGUUCUGCUCAUCCCCACCCACACCACCUUUCCUUGGCUCCCUGCUCUGCACGUCUUUCCUUUCAUAUCCCCAAGCAGUCCCCCAUCUAUACUUUAAAAUCUAGGCUCCACAUAUAGAAUAUAACAAAGUAUUUGCCUUCCAUUCUUCUUUUCCUCUUCCAUUAGUCCGCCCUCCUUAUAUACAGUCGCCCUUAUACAUUCAUAUUGAAAAAUCUAGGAAAAUCUUGAUUACAUCUUAAAUCUAGAUUCUCGUGUGAGGAAAAGCAUAUGAUAUUUACGGUGUGGGUCUGGCUUGUUUCACUUAGCGAGAUUAAAAACACUGCCCUUUUUUUGGUUUUGUUUUGUUCUUUCCUUUCAGAGAUCAGAGAAGGUGACGAUGACAGGCAGGUGGUUGCAGAGAUCAUGGCAAGGAGUUUUAUUCCAACUCAGAUAACGACUGUUUCUUGGGAAGGCUUUCACUUCGCUGGUCAUGAGAUUCGGAUUACGGAAGCCAAAGAUUGUUAUGGUGCUGUUGUCUGGCCCUCGGCCCUUGUUCUCUGCUAUUUCCUGGAAACACAUGCCAAGCAAUAUAACAUGGUUGAUAAAAAUGUGAUUGAAAUUGGAGCUGGGACAGGGCUUGUCUCCAUUGUGGCAAGUUUACUUGGCGCUCGAGUGACUGCUACAGACUUACCUGAAUUACUUGGAAACCUGCAAUAUAAUAUUUCCAGAAACACCAAAAUGAAAUGCAAGCAUUUGCCCCAGGUUAAAGAGCUGUCCUGGGGAGUGGCAUUAGACAGGGACUUCCCCAGGUCUGCCACUAACUUUGACUACAUCCUGGCAGCCGAUGUUGUCUACGCCCAUCCUUUCCUGGAGGAGCUUCUCCUGACUUUUGAUCAUCUCUGCAGAGAAAGCACCAUCAUCCUCUGGGCCAUGAGAUUCAGGCUGGAGAAGGAGAAUAGAUUUGUAGAUAGAUUUAAGGAACUGUUCGACCUCGAGGAACUCUCUAGUUUCCCUAGCCUGAAUAUUAAGCUGUACAAAGCUAUGAAGAAGAAUCGGAGGAGUGCAUAGUGCGUACGGUCUGUGAAUUAGGGCAUGGGUAUGCCAAGGUGGUUUCUAGUAGAUCCUUGCUUUAAAGAAAACACAC